CGAUAGAGGCGAGAAGGGAAACACGUUGGAGAAUCUUCCUGCUUGAUGGCUCGUGCGCGCCAUUUGAGCUUCUUCCACGUGUGGAGAAGCAACACACGGUCAAUGGCCUCCGCGGUCCCACCUCCGUCCCUCUUGGGGUCUCCCUCUCUCUGUUGGACCAACCACCAUGAUAGCUCGAAGACCAACCACCAUGAUAGCGCUUCGAGGGACAGCAGCGUCGUCGUUGGUGCUGAGGCAGCCCUUAGCGAGACGGCCAUGCCUUCAAGCUCAUCAACCCAGGUACUACUCGGCGGCCAACAGCUCGGCUCAGGCCUACCUAGAGCGUCUCUCCGACUUGGCCUCGCCUGACAAGAAUGGAGGCGACGAGGGCCACGAUGGAAAUAUUGGCGUGCUCACCCUUGACAGACCUGCAGCUAAGAAUGCCAUCAGCCAGCAGAUGCUUGGCGAGCUCGAUGAAGCGAUCGAUAACGUCAAGAAGGACCACUCGAUUCGGGUCCUUGUACUUCGCUCUGCUGUCGACAAGACAUUCUGCGCAGGCGCAGAUCUCAAAGAACGCAAGUUCAUGUCGAUCAGCGAGGUUGAGCAGUUUCUGGCGAGAUUACGAAAGGUUUUUACCAACCUCUCGAAGCUGCCCUGCCCGACGAUUGCCGCCCUCGAUGGCCUGGCAAUGGGCGGAGGGAUGGAACUCGCCCUGUGCACCGACAUUCGCGUGGGAAGCCCAGACGCAAACAGGCUCGGCCUGACAGAGACGAAGCUGGGCAUCAUUCCCGGGGCGGGAGGCACGCAUAGGAUGACCCGCCUCAUCGGAGCAUCGCGGACAAAGGACCUCGUCUUUACGGGCCGCCUGGUCGACUCGAUUGAGGCCCACUCAUUUGGCAUCCUCGAUCACCUGGCCGCUUCGUCGGCACUCAAGGAUAGUAUCGGCUUGGCGCGCCAGAUGGCACGCAACGGGCCCAUUGCGCUGCAAGCGGCCAAGCAGGCCAUUGACAAGGGUCAGUCCCUCGACACGGAAACGGCUCUGGACUGGGAGAGGGCAUGCUAUGACCGAUGUAUUGGAACGAAAGAUCGCCUCGAGGGACUUAAGGCUUUUGCAGAGAAGAGGGCGCCAGUGUACAGAGGAGAAUAGUUGUGGAAUUGCAUAUUAGUGAAAAG